UGAACAGGAGCGGGGUGCUCAGCCCCACACGCCCCAUAGCGCUGGGUGCCGCCGCUUGUGGGGUGCACUCAAGGUGUUCCCCCCCCUCCCCCAAAACACCCUCACCCCUCCCCCGCCAUGGCGGGCACCCCCCCGGCCUUCACCCUCCUCUUCCUCACCGCCGUCACCCCCCUGGCAGCCGAGGAAGUGGACCUGCUGGACUUCGCCAAGGACCAGGGGAAGCUGGGCUGGCUCACCCAGCCCUAUGGCAAAGGGUGGGACCUGCUGCAGAACGUCCUGAACGACUCCUUGAUCUACAUCUACUCGGUGUGCAACGUGCUGGAGGGCGAGCAGGAGAACUGGCUGCGCACCAACUGGAUCUACCACAGGGUGGCCCAACGCAUCUUCAUCGAGCUGCAGUUCACCGUCAGAGACUGCAACAGCUUCCCCACCGCCGGCGGCGGCUCCUGCAAGGAGACCUUCAACCUCUACUACGCCGAGUCCGACGUGGAUUACGGCACCAACUUCCAGAAGAGGCAGUUCAAGAAGAUCGACACCAUCGCCCCGGAUGAAAUCACCGUCCAAGAGGAUUUUGCUUCCCGCAACGUGAAGCUGAACGUGGAGGUGCGCUCCGUGGGGCCUCUCCGCCACAAGGGUUUCUACUUGGCCUUCCAGGACCUGGGAGCUUGCGUGGCUCUGCUUUCUGUCAGGGUUUAUUACAAGAGGUGCCCGGCUGUGUUUCGGGGGAUGGCUCGUUUCCCACAGACCGUGGCUGGGGCCGACUCGCAGACCUUGGCCAAGGUGAGGGGCAGCUGCGUGGAGGAUGCUGUGGCCGAGCAAGCGCCCGUCCUUCACUGCAACGCCGACGGCAAGUGGCUGGUGCCCAUCGGCGAGUGCCUGUGCCGGGCCGGCUACGAGGCAGCGGGAGAGAGUUGCCAAGCUUGUCCCCCUGGCUCCUUCAAGGCCACGGUGUCCUCGAGUGGCUGCCAGCCCUGUCCCCCCAACACGCUGCCCUCUCCCCCCGCUGCCACCGCCUGCCCCUGCCAGGACGGCUUCUUCCGCGCCCCCGACGACCCCCCGAGCGACCCCUGCACCCGUCCCCCCUCGCCGCCCCGCAGCGUGGUGGCCGUGGGGCUGGGGGCGGCGGUGCAGCUCCGCUGGGCUCCCCCUGCCGACGCGGGCGGCCGCGGGGACGUGACGUACAGCGUGACGUGUGAGCAGUGCUGGCCCGACGGCGGGGAGUGCCGGCCCUGCGACGGGGGGCUCCGCUACUCGCAGCCCCCACAGGGCCUGACGGGGACGGGGGUCACCGUCACCGACCUGGAGCCACACGUCAACUACACCUUCAGCGUGGAGGCCCGCAACGGGGUGUCAGCCUACAGCCAGCUCCGCAGCGUGGCCACCGCCACCAUCAGCGUCAACCAGACGGAGCCACCCCGGGUGACGUCGGUGAGCCUGGACGGACGGACGGCCACCAGCUUGGUCUUGUCCUGGACGGUGCCACCGAGGCAACAGAGUCGGGUCUGGAAGUACGAGGUCACCUACAGCAAGAAGGUGGAUGAGAACAGCUACUCAGUGCUGCGCUGCGAGGGCACCUCUGUCACCCUGCCCAAGCUGUCCCCUGCCACCGCCUACGUGGUGCGUGUCCAGGCGCUCACCCCGGACGGCCACGGCGCCUACAGCCCCCAGCACGAGUUCGAGACCCUGCCCGAGGGCGCCGAGGCCAUGGCAUCCACCGCCGUCAUCAGCGGCUCCGUCGCUGGUGCCUUCUUCGUCUUCCUCCUCCUGGCCGCUCUGCUCUACGUCCUCCGGCGGAGGAGGAGGUCACGGCCACGCCAGUCUGUUGAGGACGUCUACUUCUCCAAGUCAGACCAGCUGAAGCCCCUCAAGACCUAUGUUGACCCACACACCUAUGAAGACCCCAACCAAGCCAUGCUCAAGUUCACCACCGAGAUCCAUCCUUCCUCCAUCACCCGCCAGAAGGUCAUCGGCGCCGGUGAAUUUGGGGAGGUCUACAAGGGCACCCUAAAGCGUGGGAAGAAGGAGGUGCCUGUGGCCAUCAAGACCUUGAAGGUGGGCUACACGGAGAAGCAACGGGUGGACUUCCUGAGCGAAGCCACCAUCAUGGGCCAGUUCUGUCACCACAACAUCAUCCGUCUGGAAGGGGUUGUCUCCAAAUACAAACCCUUCAUGAUCAUCACGGAGUACAUGGAGAACGGCGCGCUGGAUAAGUUCCUGCGGGAAAAAGAGGGGGAGUUUGGUGUCAUCCAGCUGGUGGGCAUGUUGAGGGGCAUCGCCGCUGGCAUGAAGUACUUGGCCAACAUGAAUUACGUCCACCGGGAUCUUGCUGCCCGCAACAUCCUGGUGAACAGCAACCUGGUGUGCAAAGUGUCCGACUUUGGGCUUUCCAGGGUGUUGGAAGAUGACCCUGAAGCCACCUACACCACUAGUGGUGGGAAGAUCCCCAUCCGUUGGACAGCACCUGAAGCCAUCUCCUACCGCAAGUUCACCUCUGCCAGCGACGUCUGGAGCUACGGCAUCGUCAUGUGGGAGGUGAUGUCCUACGGGGAGCGGCCCUACUGGGAGCUGUCAAACCACGAGGUGAUGAAGGCCAUCAACGAGGGCUUCCGCCUGCCUGCCCCCUUGGACUGCCCCUCAGCCAUCUACCAGCUGAUGAUGCAGUGCUGGCAGCAGGAGCGCAGCCGCCGCCCCAAGUUCGCCGACGUCGUCAGCUUCCUGGACAAGCUCAUCCGCGCCCCCGACUCCCUCAAGGCCUUGGCUGACUUCGACCCCCGGGUCUCCAUCCGCCUGCCCAGCACCAGUGGCUCUGAGGGUCUCCCCUUCCGCUCCGUCCCUGAGUGGUUGGAGUCCAUCAGGAUGCCCCAGUACACAGAGCACUUCAUGGCCUCAGGCUACAGCACCAUUGAGAAGGUUCUGCAGAUGACCAGCGAGGACAUCAGGAAGAUCGGGGUGCGGCUGCCGGGGCACCAGAAGCGCAUCGCCUACAGCCUGCUGGGGCUGCAGGAGGGGGCUGCCGGGGGGGUCCCCUCUGACCCCCGCCCCCCAAAACACUUGAAAACCCCCCAGUGAAGACACCCCCCACCCCCACUCCUCCCAGGGGACUUUAUUUAUUAUUCCUCUUAUUAUUGUGUUGCUUUUCCAUAGUAUUAUUAUUACUACGACCCCCUGGGGUUGGGGCUCAAAGGGGUGUCACCCCCCACCCUCCCCUGAACCCCCCAAAAACACCAUUUCAAGCUCAUUUUGGGGCUGGGGGAGGGGGGCAUUUCCUUUUAUUUUCCACAUUUCAAGAGAAAAAACAUCAUAGAGCUCCCCAAACUUGGCUUAUUUUGGCUUUUUCCUCCCUAUUUAUUCCUCUCCCGUGGGGUUUGGGGGCGUUUUGGGGGGUUUUUGCCCCCCUUUAACGCUGAUUUGCCAGUGGGACCUUUUCCCUUUUAUUUUUUAAACCUAAUUUAUUCUAUUUUUGUAUAUUUAUUACGUGUCAGACACAGGAGAGUGAGAAGGGGGAAAGGAAACCAACGAACCCCAAACCCUGACCCUCUUUUUAAAGGGUUUUGGGGUUUUUUUCCUUCCCUUUCUGUGGGUUUUUGUUGGUUUUGGGGUGUUUUU